AUGACUGACUCCAAAAUUAUCUUACAUUGGCUUAACUUUUCCAGAUCUAAUAGAAUCUUAUGGUUGUUAGAAUUGUUAGAUAUUGAUUACGAAUUGAAACUUUAUCAAAGAACUAAAGCUUUCAGAGCACCUAAAGAAUUAUAUGAUAUUCAUCCAUUAGGUAAAUCCCCUGUGAUUGAAGUUGUCAAAAGCGGUAAAUCUGAAGUUAUUGCUGAAACUGGUAGAAUCAUUGAAUACUUGGUUGAUAAUUAUGACCACCAAGGUAAAUUGAAACCUUUGACUGAUGAAGGUAAAGGACAAGUUAGUUACUAUUUACACUACACCGAGGGUACUUUACAACCAUAUUUAACAGGAUCAUUAGUUAAUUCUUUAGCAAAAGAUCAAGCUCCUUUUGGUUUCAAGACUCUUGUCGGUGCAAUCACUGGUCAACUUAAUAAUCAAUACUUCGGUAAAGAAUUACUUACCAAUUUACAGUAUUUAGAGGAUAUUGCUGCUAAAAAUAAAGGAGGUUACUUCGUUGAUGAUAAAUUAACAGCUGCAGAUGUUGUUCUUUCAUUCCCAAUUGCUGAAGCUAUUUUUGCCAGUCCUGAGAGAAUUCAACCUUUAUUAAAAAAGUCACCUGACCAAGCUUAUCCAUAUUUAAAGAAAUGGAGUCAAUUGGUUUUCAAUGACCCUUCCUAUAAGAAAACUUUAGAAGUUGUCAAAGCAAAAUUGUAA